AGCAGAGGAAGAGAUGCAUAUGCAAACCAACCUGUGGCCUGCCUGAACCCUAUGCCUACCUUAGUAGCAGUACUAUGCCAGUGUGUUUUGGGAAUGUGUGUGUGUGUGUGUGUGCUGUUUGUGUGUAUAUGCGUGCGUGUGCGUGUCUCUUCUGAUGAGGAUUUAGCAAGCACCGUAAGAAUGCUAGUACGGUAGGGGGGGAUGAACGGGAUUGCGGCAAUCAACAGGUAUGGCUGCGGUUGACAAUUUUGCAUAAGGGAUCAUCUAUCCCCCUUCCCCAAGGAUCAACGCCUAUGUUGAAUUGAUUUAUGAUGGGACUUUUCUUUUCUUUUCUUGUUGUUUGUAUGUUUUUUUUCCCUCCUGUUUCUUUCGUAUGUUUGUCCUUGUGUAUCAUGUAAAAGAAGUAGCCUGCUCAAUUAUUAUGUAACACCCUCUCUCUCUCUCUCUCUCACACUCUUUCUCUCUCUUUCGCUCGUUUGCUCUAUCGUUUCCCUACCUUCCCAGCCACAGAUGCGUGUAGCGACGGUGCGUGUGUACUGGCAUAUGUGCGUUUUUGCGCGAGCGUCUGUGCGAACAGUUUCAAAACAAGAACAAGAACAACAGAAAUAGGGCAGAGAGACCGACUACUCCCGAAACUCUGAACCCGCGAGACAGUGAGACAGUGUAAAUAGUACCGUGUGAUAGCUAGUUGAAGUGACACAUCCCCACCACCACCACCAACACCACCCACACCAUAUCAACCGUAUUACCGAAGGUGACCCCCCUCCUCGUCGGGGCAAUGCAAUGGAUUUCAUCGCGCAAAUCAUAGCCAAUUCAUACCUCUAUUAACCCACCACACCACAUCCCCGAACAGAUUCCCUUUUUUUUUUUUUUGCUAGCAAGUUCUACGCGCGCGCUCGUUGUAAGCAGUGCAGGCAUCAGCAGGCUGCCGGGGCGCAACCUUAGUCGAUAUACGUUUGCAUAGGUUUUUUGUUUGGGCAGCGGAAGGGUAGAAGGAUUUGUGAUGCGGCGGGAAGGGGGGGGGGGGGAGAUGGUAGGGUAUAGUUUAAAGGGGCAAACUACAUCCGGGGUUACACGAGAAAGAAGUAGAAACACAGCAGGACAGCAAUAUCUGGCCGAGUACGGGUGGGGGUUGAUCCGAGUGGGUCCGGGAGCUGGUUUGUUGAUUCGUUAGGACGUAACGGUAAGAGAAGGCAGUUGGUUGGAGUAGGAGGAAGCUGAAGGGUUUAGACGCUGACUGGGCAAGGCAAGGCAAGGCAAAUCGAUCCAACCAACUCCCAUUUCCACCCCCCCGUGAGAUGUGUGGACCGUGAUCACGCGCGGCCACGGCGAAAUCCGUUCCGCAUCCGCAUCACCCGCAUUCAUCACAUCUCCUACCCCACCCGUAAAUCCCCACCACGGGCGUUUUCAUCACCCCCUCCCCUUUAAAACCUUGUUCAUUUUUAUUUUGUUUUUCCACCCCCCCGGAUAAGAUAAAUAUACACGAAUU